AAGGAAUCGCUCAAGAAACUUCUUGACCGAUUCCUGGCAGAAACUUUCCACGGUGACUGCCAUUUGAACUAUCAUUUCUUCGCAACUGCGUACUGUGAUCGAAGAAAAACGGUUUCUUGGGCGAUUCAGGCAAGGAAUUUUCCAUGCAUCAAGAUAGGCCGAAAAAUUCCUUCUGAACUGCAAACAGCGCUUGUGCAAACAAUCGAGGCCGGGAAACCCGUGGUUACUGUGGUCCCACACAAAUGGGUGAGUGAAAAUACACUCUUCUGGCCCAGCAAGCAGGCAAAUGAAUUACGCCGAAAUGCCGCAUCAUCACCAGCGUCGUCGUGGACGAAGAUACCCUGCUCAGUAAAGCGGAAGUACAUUCCGACCUUCCCUGAUGCUGAGAAAGAAGCAGACGAACUUUCGGGGCAAUCUACCGACGCAUCUGACUUUGCACCCAAGCGCAAAAAGAAAUUGAAGAAAGGUUCUAUUACAAAGGCACUGGAUUUGAACCAUCUACUAGGUGAACCAGUGGCGGAGACAAAUACCUCAGACCCCACACUCCUGCAGCCUUGCAACCGUGGUGAUCUCAUGGAGGCGAUUCCAUUUGAAAAGCAGACAUCCCCGGUAAGCCAACCAGCCGAUGAGAUUGAGAACGUUUAUUGUCAGCCGGAUGGUUUGCUCGCGGAAGGCUAUAUCGUGAAAAUUCAACAGCCGGAUGCAGACAGAAUCAUCAAAGCAGUAUCCGAUAAAAUCGAGACGGUUGCCGAAAAGGUGGUUGAGAAUGUCACCGCAACAGUACUCAAUACGGUAGGUGCAAUGUUGGCAAAAACAACAGCAACACUGGAGAUGAGAAUAGACGCCGCUAUUCGUCAAAGAUCUGGUGACCAAUAUUCCGAAGCAUCGUCAUCCUUCCAAUUUACACCCGUUAGCACCACGGAUGAAAUUGACGCUCUGGAAGAAAAACUGAAGAACGAGGUCUACGCUAAGCAGUUGGUGAGUAUGAUUUUUGAAUCAACAUUGUCGUUGAAGCACUACAGUAGAUGUUAUCCGUUAUGUGUCCGACAAACUUUUUGCUUUUUCUACACCAUGCUUAAAUGGGCGCUUGGUUCCCGGGUGCUCUGUCGGCCACAUAAGGGUUAAAUAUGUUCAAAUUAUAUACCUGGAGUAUUGCAAUUAUUGCUAAGUACAAAUAUGUUUUGGCCAGUGAUGUUAUUUAUCAUCAUGGGGGUGAAUUUUCCACCAGUUAAAAAUCUCUGCACGACUAAAAUCUGUUGCAGGUAUUGACUGGAGUUAGGUAAUGUUGCACUUAUCGAAUGUCUACUGUACUUGAGCAUACUUUUGCGUCGAAUCUAAUACGGCUUCAAUUUAAAAUUCGACACUAACGUUUCGAAGCUUAAUUCUUAAUAAAAAUUACAGAAUGUGCAGUCUGAGUGUUUGUGUUUAACCUAUACUGCAGCGGAUUUUUACAUUUGAUGUAUGUUAAAAAAAAAUUUUUUUCUGCUU